AUACAAUUACACGGACGAGGGGCGCAUGCUUUACACGUCAUCACCGAAGACCUUCUCUCCUCGUGUCAUAACAUGGUCGACAUUGACCGCCUACUGGAAAUGUCUGCCACCAAUUGAGUAUUUCUAUUUUUAUUCGCUUCUCUUCGCCGUAAUAAUGCCUCGGUACGAACUGGCCCUUAUUCUUAAAGCCAUGCAGCGGCCGGAGACUGCAGCUACUCUGCGGCGGACUGUGGAGGCGCUGAUGGAGCGGGGCGCUGUGGUGAGAGACAUGGAGAAUAUUGGAGAGAGACUUCUUCCAUUUGUGAUAACCAAACACAACCAGAGACACCGCAGAGGAUCAUACUUUUUGAUUGACUUCUACGCCGCUCCCAGCAUCCUCACAGGCUUGCUCGACCACUUGCACCGGGACGUGGAUGUGGUGAGGCCUACCGUGCUGAAGAACGACAAGGAGACUUCUAAACAAACAUGUUGUGGACCUCAACUGUGAUUAAACAUAAGUAGACGUUUCUGAAACCUGCAGGACAUAUGUCUGGGUGACUCAUCUCCGGGGAGUGUGCUGUGUGCUGUCUCUUUUCCAUGGGUUUUGGAGUGCAUUUAGCUGUUGUAUUGUAAUAAUAAAAAAGAAAAAAAAUCUA